AUGUAAUCGUUGAUGUAAGAGGCUUCAAACACAUCUGUUGCAUACAAUUCUGGCCCAAGGCCUGUUCUUCUGUCACCAACAGAUCCGUCAGUCCCCAGAGAUAAGGAGGAUGGUAGAUUCAGAGCAGGUAAAAAUAGAGAUCAGAGGCUUCUCCCCUGGCAGUGUGGUGGUCAACUUCACCGUGAUAUUCACCCCAAGUCAAAGCCAAAACAUAAGUAAUGUGUCCACGGUGCUGCUGCACUCUCUGAUGAACAUCUCCAAAUACACUGUGGAUAAAAACAACACAAGCAUUAAUGGUAUGUCUCUUUCUAGUAUUGAAAAGUUGAAAAGUUUGAGGUCACUUAGAAAUGUCUUUAUUUUUGAAAGAAAAUCUUUUCUUUCAAUGAAGAUAACAUUAAAUGAAUCAGAAAUCCAGUGUAGACAUUGUUAAUGCAGUAAAUGACUAUUGUAACUGAAAAUGGCUGAUUUUUAAUGGAAUAUCUACAUAGGGGUACAGAGGAACAUUUCCAGCAACCAUCACUCCUGUGUUCUAAUGCUACAUUGUGUUAGCUAAUGGUGCUGAAAGGCUAAUUGAUGAUUAGAAAACUCUUGUGCAAUCAUGUUAGCACUUGAAUAAAAAUGUGAGUUUUCAUGGAAAACAUGAAAUUGAAAUUGUCUGGGUGAACCCAAGCGUGUGAACGAUAGUGCACAUUACCUGCAAGUGUUUCUUCUAGCAAAGUUUGAUUUUACAUUUCAAAGUUAGUUUAGGUUAGUUGGUCAUGGUUAGUGCAAUGCAGCUUGUGAAAACAGUUAGAUGUGUGUGGGCCUCGCUCUUCCACCUGCUUCCUGCAUCUUCCCACUGGGACAUCUCUGCUGAACAGCUGUGAUCUGAAGCAGCCGCCCAGCCAGCCACCUGAUCUGGCAGAUCACAGCAAAGGAUUUGGCGUGCACAUUCAAGCAGAUGAUGUGAUCACUAACCAAGAAUUACGUGAAGAGCUUUCUUUAACGUAGUGGAUCACUGCACAAGCCAAGUCUCCUGCAUCUAUACUGAAGGAUGAUCCUCUUCACUCGUGGGUUUCUCUUCUUUGCACUAUUUUGUAUCAGUACUUUGUUCCAUUCAAAUCAAAUUCUUAACAUGAAAGACAUGGCACUGCAACCUGGCGGCGGUUUCAUCUAGCAAAAUUAAAGGAUAUUCGAUGAAAUACGUGCCUAAGAUACUACUUCCUGCAUCAAAGUGAAGGAACUGACUCUUGCUCUCCUCGACCUUCUGUUGUACUGGGGGAAGCUUUAAGCCUUGAUUAUACUCCCUCGUGGGUAUGUGAGAGUCUGUCUGACAUAAUUUUCAUCAUCUGCUGAAGUCCAUCCCAAAUUUGUGUCUGUGUCCUCACCACUGGUGAAUACAGUGAAUAGAGCUAUUCAUGUUUGAAGAACAGGAAUUUUCAGAAUCAACAGAUAACAAGCAGCAAUAUAAAACUCAACUUACUGACCCUAUUUUAUUUGUUUAUUGCAGAUUUUAAUGAAUGUGCUUCACUGGAGCAUGACUGCUCCUACUGGGCAACAUGUAUAAACACUUGGGGCUCCUACAUGUGUGUUUGUCAGGAUGGAUUUACAGACAACAAUCCAGAAAGGCCUGGACGAGCCUGUCAAGCAAUUGCUACCCUGGAGCCAGCGGCACCAGCACUGACAACAGCAAUAUUUUCUCCAGCCAGCACCACUCCUGUCUCUCAGUUAGAACCUUCAACCAGUGAUCCAGCCUUAACCACUGUAAUUACUCCAGGGAUAGCCACCGUCAUUAGAACAAGUGAAACAGUUCCCACAACAAUCUCAAUCAGUGCUCAAGAUACCACUAUCUCUACCACUACAAACCCCACUCCUGCACCAACAAAACCUACUACUGCCCCAACAAUCACCCCUAGUAUUCCAACAGCUUCCUCUGCUCCAACAACAACUACUGUCCAUGCAAUUGUUAAUACGGCCCCAACAACUACCACUAGUACUCCAACAAUUUCUGUCCCAACAACAGUUACUGCCCCAAUAACUACCAUUAGUACCCUAACAAACACUUCCACCCCAGUGACCACCACUACUACCCCUACAAUUACCUUUACUACCCUAGUGACUACUUCUGCCCCAACAACCGCUGCCACUCCAACAACAGUCACUACUGCACCUGCAGUAACUACUACUACCCCAACAACCAGCAUUAGUAUUAUCCCAACAACCAAUAUUACCCUACCAACCACUUCUAUGACUACAACAAUUGUUACUGCUCUUGUAAUGACUACUGCUGCCACAGUACCCACUACCACCCCAGGAACCACCACUAUCACUCCAAAAACCAUUACUACUACCCCAACAGCCACCACUACCACCCCAAUGACCAUUACUGCCACCCGACAAUUACCCCUUAUACUCCAACAACAAUCACUACCAUGCCAACAACCACUCCCAAUGUCAUCCCAACAAACACCACUACCACCCCAAGAACCACCACUAAUAGCCCAACAACCACCUCUACUGUCCCAACAACCACCGCUAAUACCCCAACAGCCACUACUACACUGAGAGUUGCCAACAAUGGCUCCAUGCGAGGGUCCCUUUCAGUCCACUGCAGAGUUGCUGCCAUCACUGUGACAAUGGCGAAAGAUUUUCUUUUGAGCUCCAAGAUCCAGGAGAGCACCCUGUACUUAGGCAUGCGGGGAUGUGGCGUGAAUGGAGGCAAUGAUACUCAUGUCCAGCUGACUGUUGCAUGGAAUGAAUGUGCCACUCGACUUGUGCAUAAUGAGACCUACUACACAGCAUCUGUUACCCUGUUCAGCACCAUGGAUCCAUAUACCUCACCAAGCGGAGCAGUGGAAGUGCCCACAAAACUGCUGGAAGUUCCCAUCAUGUGUACCUACAUGAAGAGCAUGCUUAUCUCUGCUGACUUUAGCUCCAUGGGGUAUGACAUGAUCAAAGAUGUCAUCAUGGGCCUGGGGUCAUUCCAGGUGACGGUACAGCUGAUGAACGGUUCAGUACCUCUGCCCUACAACUACAGCUUGUCCUCUGAGCAGGCAGUGGUGGUGGAGGUCAGACUCAACACAUCAUCAGAGCAGCUUAAAGUAGUCAUCAACAAGUGCUGGGCCACUCCCACCCGAAGCCCUGCAGACACCUACAGCUACGCCUUCCUGGAGAACAGCUGUUCCAUGAACUCAUACACCAAAGUGCUGAUGAACGGGAACUCCAGCACGUCCCGUGUGUCCGUUCAGAUAUUCUCUAUCGUCAACCUGAAUGUGAUCUAUCUACACUGCCAGGUCCAGAUCUGCAUCCAGAUCGGAUCAGAUACCUGUGUGCCCGACUGUCUACAAAGAACAGCUCGUUCUGCAAAAACUGUUGGAAGAGCGUUUGACUCUCUUGGGCCUAUAUUCAAGUCAGAUGAAGAGUCCGUGGAGGAAGAAAUCAGCACUCUCCAAAUAGUUGGCCUCUCCUGUCUUGGAAUCGGCCUGUCAAUCUUCUUCAUCGUUGGCUUUGUCUGCCUCUUCUACUACCAGAGGAACCGUAUUGGACACUAUAAUUUCAGCGUCAAACCCAAGCAAGAGAACUUCACCUACCUAGUCUUUAACACCUAGGGGUGCAGCAGCACUCACAACCAAAGUCACACAAUUAGAAAACAUUUUUGCAGCAGCAGCAGAUACACCAAUCAGCCACAACAUCACGACUACUGACAUUGCAGGUCAGGCAACCCCCUCACCCUCUCACCUCACAUAGCAGCAGCAGUCCUUGAUGACAGUUUCCAGGACAAUGCACCCUGACACACCACAUAAACUGUUCAGAAGUGGCCCAGGGAAUAGGACGGAGCUAAGGUGUUCAUCCGGGUUCCCCAUUCCCCAGAUCCAAAUCAUAUUGAGCAUCUGUGGGAGGUACCAGGAUAAACUUUAUCAGAGUAGGUCCCACCUUGCACGAAAUUCACUGCUACCCCACUUAGUCAGAGUAGUUUUAGCACAAUAAAUGGAGCCAACACAAUGUGGUCAUAAUGUUAUAUCUGAUAGGUGUACAUUUGCAAGGUAAUUACAGUAGAGCUGCCAGUAGGUGUCGCUGUUGCAUUAUUCACAUUAGAGUCCCUAUAAUUCACAUUAACACUCUUAAACACUGCACAUCUUUGCACAUUAAAUGUUUUCUGAAUUACAGAUUACAUUUGCAUCUCAUUUGGCCCCUCUUCUUUAUAUAUUUGAAAUAUUAACAUUGCAUAGUAGUUGCAAACAGAGGUGUCAUAUAAAAAAAUUAAAUAAAUACUUAUGAAUAGUUUUAAAUGAAAGAACAUCUGACGUUUUUAAAGUUUCUUUUUUGUGACAUCUUACCUUUAGCUCUGACAAAAAAGAUUUCACAGAAGCACAGAAAAUGAUAUUAAAAAUGUUUUACUACAAAGCUCAAAUCAGAAUUUGCUAUGUGAUGAUCUUGCACUUAACUAGCUUGCAUGGCAUCUGUGUUUAAAAUAUCAUGAUCGUCUAGUUAAAUAUGGUUGAAAUACAUCAUUUGCAAUACUGCACAGGUAUCAGUUUACUGGAUUUUAGCUACUAUUUUUCUAGAACUGUUGUUUUAGAUCUUAUACUGUGCAUGUCCUGACUUUACAGUACCAAAAGUGAAUACACCCCUAUGCAGUAUCACGUACAUUAAAAAUGAUCCUAAAUUGUA